AUGCUCAAUUUUGUCUAUGUCAAAAGCAUGUCUGAUUAUCGCCCUUAUGAAAUAGUCAAACAGCCUCGCCAUGUGCCAGAAGAAUAUAAGCCAAAGCAAGGGGAGAUUGAUCUUGAUACAACCUACAAGCGGGAUUUUAAUUCUUAUAAAGUGCAGCCCGUGGCAAUAGUUAGACCUUUGGAAAGACAACAAGUUAAAAAAGGAAAAUUGGACACUGUUCCAACCUACAAAGAUGAUUAUCAAGCCUGGGAUGUUCAGAAAAUGGACCUUUGCAAACCAGAAGCAGCUUACCAUCCCCCGAGUGUCAAAUUUGGAAAUUCAACUACAUUCCAGGAUGACUACAUCCCUCAGGAGAUAAAACCUACCCAUAGCUUUAAGCCUUCUUUUGUUUUCAAAAGUUCAAAAAUCCCUUUCAGUGGAGAUACAAGCCACCGCAUUGAUUACAUACCGCAUCAUCUAGAAAUGAAGUUUGCAAGACCAAAAGAAGUGUACAAGCCAACUAGCCAACCUUUUGAGGACCUUACAACCCACCGCAGUGACUUCCAGGGUCUUCUUGGUGAGAUGGCCAAAAUCUGCAAACCUGCAUACAAUAAAGUGGCCCAAAGCGCUCAGUUUGAAGGAAGGACUGAGUUCCGAGAUAGUUUUCAGCCCUGGGAAAUUCCAUCGCCUAUAGUCAAGAAGGCUCCGGAGUACGUCCCACCUACAGGCGGUAUGCAGUUAAGCAGCACCAGCCAUCUGGACUACGUUCCCUACCAGGCCAACAGGGCUCUGCCCAUAAGACCAGUUUCUCAGAGAAGAAAUAAGAAUUUUCCUUUCCAAGGAAAAAGCACCACGAAGGAAGAUUUUCCAGCAUGGGAAAUCUGUCCUCAAGGAAUUGUUAAGAGGCAACCGCAGAUCGCCAACCCGUCUGGAAAAUUUGAUGGUUUGAGCACGUUCCGAGCUCACUAUGUGCCACAUGAGCUGAUUCCCACAGAGAGCUGCAAGCCUUUGCCUGUGACUCUGAGGAGCUCUGUUCCAUUCGACAACGUGACUAUGUACUCCACAGAGUACACGCCAAAGAAACAGGAAAUCUGCCCUGCUAGCUAUCCUUCUCCUCCAGGUUAUGUAUUUGAAAAUACAAACUCCCAAGGACAUAAAUUCUUCCGCAGAAUCACCCCUGCAGUGAAGGCCUUCUAA